GAAAAUGAACUUGCUGAGGAAAUUUGGAGUGACCUCAUUGAUGAGAUGACCCUUGGAUUAUGUUUUGAUGUUCAUCGUUCUGUCAAGCUUGGUCUCAUGAUCAUGGAUGACAUGACAGAAGAGGCUCAGCAGGAAUAUGACAUAGUUGACGAACCAGGACUGGAUGUAUUUGGUCAGCCUCCUCUGAAGAAGCAUUUAGAAUGUUUGUGUCCUAGCUGUAAUCGCAACCUGGCAGCCAAUCGCUUUGCUCCACAUCUUGAGAAAUGCAUGGGAAUGGGUAGAAACAGCAGCAGAUUAGCAAGCAAGAGGAUAGCCAUAGCAAACACUACCAAACUGGACAGUGAUGAAGAUGAUGAUAGAGAUUUAGACUGGACAAUGGCUGUAAAAGGUUCCAAGAGAUCAAGGAAAGAAAAGCUUGGUAAUAACUCUCCAAGAAGAACCAAAUCAAAAUUGAAAGCUGAUGUCAGUGAUGUAUCCAGUGUUAGUAGUACCAAUAUGGAGAACAGCAUGGCAACUUUUAAGGCCUUGGGAAAUUCUGUUCCUGUCUUUGAAACUCUGACUUUGGAAGAAAGGAAAAAUAUCUUAAUGACAACCUGUGGUGUUAUAUCAGAGCAUACUAAAAAAAUGUGCACAAAAUCACUGAGAUGUCCACAACACACAGAGGACAUGAGACAAGGAGUAAGGAGAUACCUUCUUGGCCUUGAGACAGAGGAAAGACUAAGACACAAGGGAGAUGGUGUUCUUGAGACGGAAGAGAUUGAUAUAGAUACCUAUGAAGAUGGAGACAGUCAGGCUCUAAGGGAACGUCUCAAUAGAAUACAGCAAUGGGAUGCUAUAAGUAAUCCAUCGCCAGCUGAAUCAACUUCCACAACAAACUCAAAUGAGGGCCAGGGUUCCAAGAAACGAAAGAAGGGAGGUAAACUCACCCAUCGGAAGAACAGGAAACAGCGCCCUCCUUCAGCUCAGUCACAGACUAGCAGCGGUUCAACAUCUGCUGCAGCAGCUGCAUUGCAAUAUGAGGUCAUUGACUGAUCAUGCAUGAAGGUGUGACUGCUGAUAUUAGGGGGAUUCCCCUGAUGAAGGAAUGAUGUCAUUGAAGGAGGGAGACAUCCCGUAUGCUGCUUCCUUCCGUGCCAAGAUAGCAGAGAUCUUCCAAGUGAUGGAGGAAAGAUGGGUGUCUUCCAUUGCAGGGGGACAGAGAAUAGAGCAUUGAGAUUGAAUGUUGAUUGAUGCAGUUGUAAUGUUACAAUUCAGUGUCUGUUUAUUGGUUGCAGAAAUGAGUUUUGAUUAAAAUCCCAGGAUUUUAAUGGUAUCUCCAGGUGAGUAUACAGGAAGUUGCAGGUUUCUUUGAGAUUUCAAUCUCCUUACAAAUGUCAUAAAGAUUUGUGUGAGUUGAAAGCAAGUGCUUGUGGCAAUUUGAGCAGCCUAGCAGCUGGAACAUUUCUUUGUAUGAUUUCUUGAGGAAUUAAGAAGUGAUAACAUAAAAAUAAAAUGUUUAUCAUAUGAAAAGCAGAGACAAAGUCAGGCUGCAGUGAUUUAUUUAUUAAUUCUUUAAUUAUUUAAUAAUUAUGAUGAUGAGGAGCACCAUAGCAUUUCACAUCCUCUAUACUUUAUUUGAAUAAAGAAUUUGACAUUGAUUUCAUCCCCGAGAGAGUCAUGCAGCAUCAUUUCAUUACUUCAAGUAUUCAUGCUUUAUUUGCACUUAGGGUUUAGACCAAUCAAUGUGUGUCCCUGAAAUGACAAUUUCAUCACAUUUGAAGCAGCAUGCUUUAAGUGCCUUUCAGCAUGAGGUCUCCUACCCUUCAUUUACAAUUCCAAAUCCUUUUGAAUUAUUUACAUUCGGGAGCAUCACAUUCACCAAACACUACCUGCUGAAAUAUGUAUAUAUUUCAUCAAAAUAAGUGUAAGUGGCAUAUUAACCCACCAGGUAUAUACAAAGUUGGCGAUAGGUAUCAUAGACCUUUGGGUAUUUGGAAAAUUUAAUAUUCAGAAUUUGGACAGUCUUCAGUAAAUAUUUGUUAAAUUUAAUAGUUAACCUAACAGUUUGGGACAAAUCAAGGACAUCCUUUGGAAUUCAGACAUGUAUUUUUAGCUCAUCCGGCUCGAAGGGCCAGAUGAGCUUGUGCCGUGGCGUCCGUCGUCUGUCGUCCGUCCACAAUUUCAAAAUGCUUCUUCUUCGCCAUUUCAAGUCCGAUUUCAAUUCUGUUUGCUUUAUAUGAUAGCACUAGGUGGGGGAUUCAAAACUGCUACACAGAAUUUUAAAACUCAUUAAAUAUGCAAAUUUUAUGCGCAUUUUACAAAAUUCACAAAAAAUGCUUCUUUAUUUGUUGACCGGUUUUGAAUUUUUUUUCUUCCAUCUGGUAGAACUUCAUGAGGUUCACCAAACUUCUACACAGAAUUUUGAAAUUUUGACUAGAACAAUUUUUAUGCUAAUAUAUGCGAAAUUAAUUUAUGCAUAUUUUAAAAAAUUUCACAUAAAAUGCUUCUUCUUCUUUAUUUGUUGACCAAUUUUGAUUUUUUUUUUCUUCCAUCUGGUAGAGCUUCAUGAGGUUCACCAAACUUCUCCACAGAAUUUUUUAAUUUGGAGUAGAAAAUUAUUUAUGGUAAUUUAUGUGAAAUUCAUAAAUCACAGAAAAUGCCUCUUUAUUUGUUGACUGAAUUUCAAAAUGCUUCUUCUUCGUCAUUUUAUGUCUGAUUCCAAUUUUGUUUGCUUUAUAUGAUAGCAUUAGGUGGGGGAUUCAAAACUUAUACACAGAAUUUUGAAACUCAUUAAAUAUGCUAAUUUAUAUGUAUUUUUAAAAAUUCACAUAAAAUGCUUCUUCUUCUUUAAUUGUUGACCGAUUUUGAUUUUUUUUCUUCCAUCUGGUAGAACUUAAUGAGGUUCACCAAACUUCUACACAGAAUUUUGAAAUUUUGAGUAGAAAAUUAUUUAUGCUAAUUUAUGCAAAAUUCAUAAAUCACAGAAAAUGCCUCUUCUUUAUUUGUUGACCAAUUUUGAUAUUUUUUCUUCCAUCUGGUAGAACUUCAUGAGGUUCACCAAAAUUCUACACAGAGUUAAGAAAUUUUGACUGGAAAAUUAUUUUGCUUAAUUUAUAUGAAAUUUAUUCAUAGAUCACAAAAAAUGCUUCUAUGUCAUUUCUUCAUCGAUUUCAAUUAUAUAUCCUCAAUUUAUGUCACCAAUAUAAUUCACUACAGUGUCGACUGGGCUGAAAUUGAUAUUGUGUUAAAUUUCGUUCCGAGAUGCCGGAUGAGCUCCACAUCAUUGAUGUGCUAGUUUUAUAAGAAGGUGGGGACUAUUUAUAGGUGGCCCUGCAUGAGAUUUGACACGCCUCUGAUUGUGAUCUGUGAGGUCAUUUACAUUAACCUCUCUUUCUUCAUAGCAUUCAUAUAAUGAAAUUUGAAAGACACGGCCUUGUGUACAUGCACAUGUACUGUAUAUAACUUGGGCUGAAAUGUAUAAAAAAUACUAGGUGUCUUCACAGGCUGUGUGUAUCGAGACAGAUAAUUGCUUCCAUAGGGCAGUCAUAUGACCUCUGUUAUCCGUUUACAAUUAGAUUCACCAUACGUUAAAUCAUCUUCUGUAUUUAUUUCAUACAGCAAUGACAUGGUGACAACGAAAAAAAAAAUCAAACCUUGAUUUACUGUGUGUGUGCUAUGACUGGCAUUAUAUGUAACAACAGCACACUGAUUUUGCAGACUAAUUAAUCAUAUGACCCUUCCCUACUGUAUGUGACACAUGACUGGUAGUGCGUAAGCUGUGUUUGUCCAUGUCAGUCCCACCAUAUGGCCUUUCAUUAAUUAUAUUAUUAACCCAUCUAUUCUGGGAUCAGGAGGAAUUAUGGUUGGUCUGUCAAAAUUUCAGUAGUCAAAUAUUUACCAGAGUAAUUAAUUCUAAAUUUCAUCAGGUGCUAGUAGCAAUAUAACCUUAUUUUGUUGUGGUGAAAGAGAGGGCGGGGGUGUCUGGUUUCCCUUCCCUGAAAGCUAUUCAAAUUAACUUGUCUGUAAGAUGUCUAUAAUAAUGUUGUUUUCAAUGGGCUUUUAAAGUUCAUCUUGGUCUGCUAUUUGCAAUCUAUACAUUGUAUACAUGUAGGUAUAUACAUGUAUCAUCAUUUUCAUAUCAUUUUGUAUGCAAUAAUUACCAUGGCAAAAUGUUUGUGAGAAAAUUGAAUUUCAAAUAAAUACGGGUAGAAUAAGCUGUCCCCAAAUGUUGAGGUGAAAUAGGCUGCUUACCUUUAAAGCAAUUUGCUGAAAAUAAUAGUUUUUUUUUAAUAUUUUGCAUUGUUUGAAAGUAAAAACCUUUCCUUCAUGAUACAAUAACGCUAAUGAAUUACUUUAUCAUUGCCAUGAAUUUCAAUUACAAUUUUUAUGGAAAUAAAACAUUAAUUUUUGUCCAUCCAGCUCAAAUGUUUUAGUAUCAAGCACUUAAAUGAUAUCACAAUUUAUUUGUACUUGGAUGAUGUCAUUUUCUGAUGGAAGAAGGUUAAGGGGGUAGGUGUAUGAAGCGAUUUGUAAUUCUCCAUGAGAUCUCCAUGCACAAACAGACGUGACCAUUGUGAAGCAUCAAUCAAUGCUGUAAUGUGAACCAUCCUCUUGGCUCAUAUAUAGUUCACAACCAAGUACGCAUUAUCAUUCAAUCACUCUCGGUCAACUAUGAUAAUUCACUCAUUGAAAUCAUUAUACAUGUAUUACUCAUGAAUUCCCUGCUCUCCAUUGAACAUGUAACACAAAUCCAAUACUCUUGUUCAAACAAUCAAAUUGAUAUUAGUGAUAUACAUGUAUGACACUAAAACCCCCCAGCUCUCAAUUGAUAGUGUAAUACCCCAAUCCCUUAUUCAAAUUAUAAAAUUUAUAUUGAGGGUAUUAUACAUGUACAUUUAUUACACUAAAAUUACCAGCUGUCAAUUAAAUAUGUUAAGAAAUCCAAUAUCCAUGCACCAAAAAUCAAAUUGAUGUUGGUGGUAUUAUUGUAUGACUGUCUAGAUUCAGUGGUUGUAAACUGAAUAGUUUGUUGACCUUCUACACCCUGAAUCAAACCAUUCUAAAUGGAAUUAAUAUGAUGAUACGUCUUAUAUAUUAGACACAAGAUUACUUGCUUGCCAACAUGAUACAAAAUUAUUUUAUACUUCUUACAAACAAAGGUUUUUGUGUGAUGCUAAACCUGUGGUUUUGAAUGUGAUAUUAUCACUGAUUUCUAUAUUAGUGAAUGGUUACGAUACAUGCCAAUGACACCUAGAAUAUACACUCAUAUCAAAACCAGUGACAGUUGUCAUUGUGAUGAUAAACGAUUUAUGAUAGUAGUAAUGAAAGUAAUUUUUUUUUUUUUUUCAUGAUGCGAGAUGCAAGUAAGAAGCAUAAAAUAUUUUAUAUAUCACAUGUGCUUUAAUUUUUAAACAUUGAAGAGAAGAAGGUCAUAAUGGUGAAAGUGCUUGGACCAUUGCGAUUGUGUGAUUAACAGAUGGCAACUGUAUUCUACACAAUCUUUAUGAUUUUGCUUCAUAAGAAGAGAUCAUUUGAUAAAUCGUAUAUUGGUGAGACCAAGCAGGCCCGUCAUUGUCUCAAGUGCAUUGGACACUAUUUAAAAAUCUUUAUAGAAAGCAGAAAAGUGUACAAUCCUACUGACAGUUGUACCACUGUGACUUGCUUAUUUCCCUACUUAUCGUUACCAUAAUGGUUUGGUUUAUAUCAGUUGGGUUAUGUUAUUUCUGAAAAUAAAACCAAAGACUAUUCA